AUGGCAACCUCUCAACCUGGUCUCAAUGGUCAACAAGAUCUUAAAGAUCACACUCCCGAUCACGGACUCUCCUCAUUAUCACUUUCUUCCCAAACCAUCCACGCAGAUGAUUUCCUCAACAAAGGUCCAGAUGUCGCACCACCUCUCCACGUAUCGACUACUUUCCGCUACAGCAAUAACCCAGAUGAUCUCGUUGCAUUGAGUGAUCUGGAUCCACAUGCACCUCAGGACAGCCAUGUCUAUUCCAGACAUACUGCACCAAAUACCACACGCUUCGAAGCAAUCCUCAGCAGUAUCUUCAAAGGCCCCACUCUAACCUACGCAUCUGGUCUUUCCGCCUUCCACGCACUCUUAGUUUACCUCAACCCAAAACGCAUUUCUAUUGGUGAAGGAUAUCAUGGCUGUCAUGGCGUCAUUGAUAUCCACAAAAAGCUCACCGGACUCCAAAAAAUCCCAUUGGAUUGCCCUGCCGAGGAUCUGCAACCAGGCGACAUCAUCCACGUGGAAACACCAUUGAAUCCCCAAGGAACCGCCUAUAACCUCGCUGCUUUUGCCGAAAAGGCUCAUUCGCGCGGUGCUUUUUUGACAGUUGAUGCUACAUUUGGUCCGCCGCCACUUCAAGAUCCUUUUCUCUGGGGCGCGGAUAUCAUCAUGCAUAGCGGCACCAAAUAUGUAGGCGGACAUUCCGAUAUGCUAUGUGGUAUUCUCGCCGUGAACCCCAAACAUAUUGAAAAAGGUUGGUUUCAUGCUUUAGAAGAAGAGCGGUCUAUCCUAGGGAAUGUGAUGGGAUCCAUGGAAGGAUGGCUUGGGAUCCGCAGCGUUCGAACUUUAGAAAUCCGCGUCAAGCAACAAUCGGCUUCGGCGCAAAAGAUUGUUUCUUGGUUAGACGAUGCUUUGAAAUCUAAUGAUGCGGAAACAGAGGUGGUGAGGAAAAUCGUGCUUAAGAUUGUGCAUGCGAGUUUGCAAGAAGAGGAUAUUAAGGAUGGGUGGUUAUUGAAGCAGAUGCCAAAUGGGUUUGGUCCUGUGUUUUCUAUCAUUUUGAAAGAAGAGGCGUUUGCGAAGAAAUUGCCAAGUAAGCUGGAAUUAUUUCAUCAUGCGACAAGUUUGGGUGGUGUGGAGAGUUUGAUUGAGUGGAGGGCAAUGUCGGAUGCGACUAUUGAUCGGAAAUUGUUGCGAGUCAGUGUGGGAAUUGAGGGAUGGGAAGAUUUAAGAGAUGAUUUGUUGCAAGCCUUCAAGGCAUUGGCAGACGAAAAAUAG